AUGGCUGCGAUUCCAGCGUACACGCCACCCAGGGGGUUGCGGGCGGCCUUGGAUGACUUCCGAGAUCAUCUGAGCCAGAAAUACAAUGUCAAACUGGAAAACUAUACCGACCUCCACAAAUUUUCGGUCACUCGUUUGAAUGAUUUUUGGAUGACUGCAUGGGACUACUUGGGUGUUAUCGCUUCAGUGCGGCCAGUUAAGGCAAUUGAUGACGAUGCACGUAUCGACGAAUUUCCUCGAUUCUUCCAGGGAGCGAAGCUCAAUUUUGCGGAGAACAUCCUGGGCAGAAAUCGCACUGGUACUGCGAUAAUUGACAUGAGAGAAGACAACUUGAAGAAUCCGGAGAAAUACACCUGGACUGAUUUGCGAAAGCUUGUAGAGCUAUAUGCUGACGCAUUAAGAUCCUCGAGGCUGAAAAAGGGAGAGACCGUUGUGCUGGUCGGCGGCAACUGUGUGCGAUCCUUGUCUCUGCAAUUGGCGACCGGUGCCCUCGGCGGCGUGUUUGCCUCUUUCGCGACGGAUAUUGGAGAAAAGGCGCUCGAUGACCGUCUUCAAGUGCUUGAACCACGCUUCUUAUUCGCCGAAACAAUCUCCUCGUACAAUGGGAAGAAGAUCGACAUCAAUGAGAAGAUCACAAACGUAUUUGGGAAGCUAAAGGGAGGAGCUUGCGAACUUGUGCUUAUAGGCCCUUCUUCGCAACCGGGUGAUGGAAUCUCUUUCGAUACAUUCCUGCUCAGAGGGACUGGAGCAAGACUCGAGUAUGAGCAAGUUCCUUUUUCUAGUCCCUUUAUCGUCAUGUUCUCUUCUGGAACAACAGGCGCUCCAAAGGGCAUAGUUCAUUCUCACGGAGGACUUAUCAUGAACGGACUGAAAGAGCAUGUUCUCCACCAUAACGUGGACUCAAAUGAUGUGCAUUACCACUACAGCGGCAUUGGGUGGACUCUUUGGAAUAUCUCGUUGGGAUCACUGCUUGCUGGAUCAACCAUGGUGCUUUACGAUGGCAGCCCGUUCUUUCCAUCUGCAGAGGGCCUUUUGCGAGCCCUUUUUGCUCAAGGGGUGACGUCCUUUGGUGCCGGACCCCGAUAUUUUGCGGAGCUUCAAAAGUUGAAUGUGAAACCGAAGACAUUCGCAUCGAGCUUACGUACAAUUAUAUCGACUGGGGCUCUACUUCCCGUGCCCCUUGCAAAAUGGCUCGUUGAGGCAUUUGGACCGGUCUACCAAAUCAACAUGUCGGGAGGGACAGAACUUUGCGGAUCCUGGGUUCACGCUACGCCAACUCUGCCUUCCUACCCAGGCGAAAGUUCCGUUAUAGCCUUAGGCAUAGACGUAGCAGUUUUUUCGCCCGACGGCAAGGAGGUGCCCCAUGGAGAGAGCGGAGAACUGGUCUGCCGAAAGCCUUUCCCCAAUAUGCCGACGAUGUUUCUGAGAGACCCCGACCGCAAGAGAUAUUUCAGUUCAUAUUUUGCAGUGUUUCCUCAUGUCUGGACUCAUGGGGAUUUCAUGAGAAUCAAUCCCGAAACAAAGGGUAUAUACAUCCUUGGAAGAUCUGACGGGGUUUUAAAUCCCUCUGGAAUUCGGUUUGGAAGUUCGGAGAUUUACAACAUCCUCCUUACACCAAGGUUCACGCCGUAUAUCUCAGACGCAUGUGUCGUCGGCCAGCAAAGGAACCAAGCACCAUACUUUGACACAACUGAGAAAGUCGUCCUAUUCGUCAAGUGCACGCCAUCAGCAAAAAGGUCGAAAGAUCCACUCCAACUAGAUCCCGAUCUAGAACGCAAAAUCCGCGACCAGAUUGCCAAAGACCUUAGCAGAAGACAUGUCCCCACGUUUAUCUUCAGGGCAGCCGAAAUACCUUAUAACGUCAAUGGCAAAAAGCUGGAGAUCCAAGUGAGAGCCAUUCUUUGUGGAGGGGAAGAUGCCAUGGCGAAAUUGAAAGUUACCGAGGAAGAAAAGAGGGCCCUCGCCUCGUUUUUGCCAUUUUACGAUAUCGAGAAAGUCGUUCAGCAAACAAAAGGACCGACAACCUCCAAACUGUGA